ACGGUUUACGUGAUUUUUAACACACGCCUACAAAAUGUGUGGGAUUUUUUUACAACUCACUCCGAUACACGAAUUGUAUUUUAUUGCGUACGUAACUUGCCGUAAGAACAUGGUGAUGCACAUUGCAAUUACUUUCAUUAUUGCCGGUUGUUUUACAUUAAUACCUGCGACAAGAGAAGUCGAACGUCCCUCAUUAGUGAUCGAAGCGGGCCAUACGCCGCUUCACGGUAAUACGAUUAAUGUGAACUAUGGCGAGAACGUCUCCUUGAAUUGUUUAGUUUAUCCGAACCACCACACCGUACUGUGGCAAAUCAAUAAUAGACGAUUAAAACCUUCCAAUCAUAUUGCAACGCUGGACUUUUCCAACAACGCUCAGAAGAGGGAGUUGGGUAUUUAUAAAUGCAGAAGCCCUUCGGCGAAUCUACAGAGAACUUUACACGUGGUUAAGAAACGCCAUUGGUACCGCGAGGAUGACGAUCCGUCCAAUUACGAACAAAGGUCCAUUGCUGUGGAAACAUUUCACAACUGGUUCAACGAUUGGAAAAUGCCACCAAAUGUACCAUCAGUGAACGAGGAUUUGAAUCCACAUUCGGAAAAGGAAACCCAAAAUCUAGAAGAAGGCAAUUUGAAUCGAAAAACGCAAAGAAUCCAUAACAUUGGAGUCGUGAUUGGAGGAGUAGGAGUUGGUGCGGUUCUGCUGGGUUUAGUGUGCGUUCUAUGGCGAGAUGGACGUAAAAGGAAACGGACACUAGUGCUCGGCGACCAGCAACAAACGCCCGAGAAUGUCGAGAUUUUGCCCGAUGCGAUUGGUGUGACAUCAAACCCUGCCGAGAGAACGGCAAUUACGGAUGUGCUGCCCUCUGCGCCUGAAGGUCCUCUGCCGCCAAGUUAUGAGGAAGCUAUUCGCUGCACGGCACCAAGCGCUCCAAAAAUGUGAACCAAAAUUGUGUCAAAAUGUAAUAGAAGAAAUCAACUUUUUUUACUGUGUUCCUUUGUCUUUAGUGUGGUUUUUCUUUUUUUAUUAAAUGCGUCAACCAGUU